UCUCGUGGAAGUUCAAGAUCUGAUCUGCGGUUUUCGGUCUUCAUUUUUAGUCUUUUUUUCACAAAGUAUAUCUCUAACAACAGUGAUUGCCAAGCAAAAGAGAUGGAGCUCAAACCUGGUUUAUCAGCUUUGGUGACCGGCGGAGCUGCCGGAAUCGGUAAAGCUUUGAGCUUAGCUUUGGCGGAGAAAGGAGUAUUCGUGACGAUCGUAGAUUUCUCUGAAGAGAAAGGAAAGGAGGCUGUUUCUUUAGUUCAGAAAGAGAAUUCCAGAUUCCAUGAAAAUUUGGAGUUUCCUUCUGCUAUUUUUGUCAAAUGCAACGUCACUAAUCCAAGAGAUGUAACUUCAUUGUUCGAAAAGCACGUGGCAACAUAUGGAGGAUUGGAUAUUUGUAUCAACAGCGCCGGCAUUAGUAACCCAGUACCAUUUCACAAGGAUAAAACUGAUGGAACUAAGACAUGGAGGCACACCAUUAAUAUCAACCUCGUUGCACUUAUUGAUUGUACUCGCCAUGCAAUUAGAACUAUGAAAACUCUGAAAAAGUCAGGGGUGAUAAUCAAUUUAGGAUCCUUUGCUGGCCUUAUCCCAUCCGACUUGAUCCCCAUCUACUCUAGCUCAAAAGGAGGUGUUGUCAUGUUUACUAGAUCACUGGCUGGUUACAAACGCCAAGGAAUACGUGCCAAUGUUCUUUGCCCUGAUGUUGUUCGAACAGAGAUGGGAGAAAAAUUGGACCCCAAAUCUGUUUCUCUAAUGGGGGGCUUUGUGCCAAUGGAAAUGGUGGUGAAAGGUGCUUUUGAGCUUAUCACUGAUGAGAGCAAAGCUGGUGCUUGCCUAUGGGUUUCAAACCACAAAGGCUUGGAGUAUUGGCCCAAUCCAACUGAAGAAUCAAAAUACACUGCGAGUUACUCCUCAAGGAGCAACAAAAUCUCGUUCCAAGCUCCUUUAAGUUCCCAGCUUCCUCAGAAUUUCAAGAAACUUGUUGUGCAUAGCUUUAGUCACCAUUUUCGUGAUGCAACCCAUGUAAUUAGUGCACCAUUGCGACUACCUCUUGAAUCAGACCAAGUUGUUCUGAAGGUCAUUUAUGCUGGUGUAAACGCUGGUGAUGUGAAUUAUAGCGCGGGCCGGUAUUUUCAAGGAAACAAGAAAGACAUCAGCUCCCUUCUUCCAGCCGAUGCUGGGUUUGAGGCAGUGGGAAUAGUUGCUGCUGUCGGAGAUUCUGUAAGAAAUCUGAAAGUUGGAACUCCUGCUGCAAUCAUGGGUUUUGGAUGUUAUGCUGAGUUCAUGAAGGUCUCUUCAAAGCACAUACUUCCCAUUCCAAGGCCUGAUCCAGAGGUUGUUGCUUUGCUUACUUCAGGAUUAACAGCAUCAAUCGCUUUGGAAAAGGUUGGACAGAUGAAAUCUGGACAAGUUGUCCUUGUAACAGCUGCUGCUGGAGGGACUGGGCAAUUUGCAGUCCAGCUUGCAAAACUAGAAGGAAAUAAAGUUGUUGCGACUUGUGGAGGAAAAGAAAAGGCAACGCUUUUGAAAGAAUUGGGGGUCGAUCGAGUCAUAGACUAUAAAACAGAAGACGUCAAAACUGCUCUCAAGGAGUUUCCUAAAGGAGUCGACAUUGUCUAUGAAUGUGUUGGAGGGAACAUGUUUGAUUUAUGCCUUAAUGCUUUGGCUAUCCGAGGACGACUCGUUGUGAUAGGAAUGAUCUCUCAGUAUCAAGGGAAGAAUGGAUGGAUGCCAUUAAAUUACCCUGGACUUGUUGAGAAGCUUUUGGCCAAAAGCCAAACUGUGGCGGGCUUUGUCAUGACACACUAUAGCUAUUUAUGCAAAGAGCACCUAAUUAGACUAUCUCAGCUUUACUCUUCAGGAAAGCUUAAGAUAGUAUUAGACCCGAAAAGAUUUUCAGGUUUGGAUUCAGUUGCAGAUGCUGUUGAGUAUUUGCAUUCAGGAAAAAGUUCCGGCAAGGUGAGCACAAGUUCUUGAUAAAAUGAAAGCAUUCAAGCAAACUGAACUGGGCGUCUAAUGU